AGCACUCUUCCGGUGCCCAGUGUUCAGGAGCUGGCAAAAGAGCCAUUAGCCGCAGUCCCACAGCGAUAUGUGCGUCCGGAACAAGACCGUUCUCCGAUCAUAUCUCAGACCUGCGCUCUUUCGCCUCAAAUACCCGUCAUCGACAUGAGCAAGUUAUUUUCAAAAGAAUUCAUGCAGUCCGAGCUGGAGAAGUUGCACCUUGCUUGCAAAGAUUGGGGGUUUUUUCAGUUGAUAAAUCAUGAAGUGAGCGAAUCAUUGGUGGAGAGUGUGAAGUCAGGGAUUCAAGAAUUUUUCAAUCUUCCAGUGGAUGAGAAGAAGCAGUUUCAACAACAGGGAGGAGAUAUAGAGGGAUUGGGGCAAGCUUUUGUUAUGUCUGAGGAGCAGAAACUUGAUUGGGCUGACAUGUUCUACAUGAUCACAUUGCCAACACCUUUGAGGAAGCCAUACUUAUUCCCCAAGCUUCCUCUCCCAUUCAGAGAUAAUUUAGAAGUGUAUUCGGCAGAACUACAAAAUCUUGCCAAAAAGAUACUUAAUUUCAUGGCAAAUGCUCUAGGAAUGGACGCUAAUGAUAUGAAGGAAUUGUUUGAACAAGGGCUGCAGCAAAUGAGAAUGAACUAUUAUCCGCCAU